AUGGAUAUUAGGGCAGAGGAGGGUUCGUACACGAAUAAUCUCAUUGGGACUUUGCUUGCUUUAUUUGGAAACGUACUUGUCAGCAUCUCCCUAAAUAUUCAGAAAUAUGGUCACGUCAGCAUUGUGGGAGCGAAGGACCCACGCAUUUUCUACUACACAAAAACCUGGUGGUUUGGCUUUUUGCUCACCACUUUGGGUGAAGCAGCCAACUUUGUGUCAUACUCCUUUGCCCCCCUCAGCCUCGUAGCACCCCUCAAUGUCGUCUCCAUCAUAACAAGCUUCAUUUUAGGUUUCAUUUUCAUGCAUGAGAAAUCAAAGCCCAAGGAAUUUGCAAAGCGCCACGGGCUGGCUUUCCUGGGUUCCGUCCUGGGUGUCGGAGGAACAUAUCUCUUUGUAGCUUUCGGACCAAACUCGCACGAAAAACUCACAGCGGAAGUCGUAGUGAAACAUCUCGUCGGAUGGCCCGUUCUCGUAUACUUGAUGCUGGAGAUCAUCACGUUCUGCCUGCUUUUAUAUUUCUACAAACAGAGAAAUGCAAACUACCUCGUCGUCAUCCUGCUCCUUGUUGCUUUGCUGAGUUCGGUCACGGUCAUCUCAGUGAAGGCCGUGUCACAUAUGUUGAUAUUGACUCUCGAGGGCUCCAUGCAACUUGACUACCCCAUUUUCAGUGUCAUGUUUGUGUGCAUGGUGUCUUCAGUCAUAUUCCAAGCCAGUUUUCUCUCCCAAGCCUGUAAGCUGUACGACUCGUCUCUGAUCGCUAGUGUCAACUACAUCCUGUCCACCACCUUUGCAGUCUUGGCAGGAGCUGUGUUUUACUUGGAGUUUAAUCAAGAAGACAUCCUUCACAUAAGCAUGUUCUUAUUGGGAACUGCGGCAUGCUUCCUGAGUGUCUUCCUCAUCACCAGAACCAGGAAAAAGAACAAUAAUUUUGAACCUUACGUCACCCUGAACAUGAGUAACGGUGUUCCAACCAUUUUCAGCAAGCGUCCCGAUACCCCAGCUGACUUCACCGGUAGUUUCUCUUAUGGCGCAUUGGUCAACAGCGACAGCAACAUUUCCGCUAAUCAACCUGUCAACAUGGAGCAACCCACCACCAGCUUCAGACCCAUACGAUCAUCUAAUGGGACUUCCAAUAUGAAGCAAGACUAG